AUGUCGAGGCUCGAGGGAUCCUGCCUCUGGCUGGCUUUGAAACCUUUGCGAGUGAUGCGCCGCGCUCUGCCGCGGGCGGAUCUGCAAGGCGCCAUGCAAGCUACCCCGCUCAACUUGAACAGAUAUGUGCUGCUUUUCCUUUACAUGUUCCAGACGUUCAUGACGGGAUGCGUGUAUUUUGGGUGGGUUCCUCUCUCUACAAUGCUACUGCGAGCGGGCGUCUUUAGUUUCAAAUGCGACAUUGAUGAGAUUGGGGCUCUUGUGGAAGGCGAAAGGGGGUUUGGCAACAACUACAUCUGCGACAAGCAAGACGCGUCCGUGCAGAGCCUUUUCGUUAUUACGCUGGCCGCGCACUGCACAAUGAGUGCACUUGCUGGUGCCAUGAUGGACACGCUAGGUCCCAAGAUCACCUCUACGAUUGGCCAAUGCUUUCACAUAAUUGCUUGGUCUCUCAUCUCGACAUUGACGGAGGAGUCCAACGCACGCGUAUACUUGGGCUUUAUCUUCAUGGGUCUCGGCGCAGACACUGCUUUCUUGCCUACCCUUCUCGUUACCCGCCUCUUCCCAGGCGCCGCCCCGACCAUGAUAGCACUAAUUGGCUCCGCAUCGUCUGCUUCCUUCGCCAUCCCACUUGUUUUGGACUUAUAUCUAACCAAAAACGCUAUUUCUGGGUGCUGGUGGUAUGUUGGUUUGGGCCCCUGUCUGUUCUUGCUGAUAGACCUACUUGUAAUGCCUCUGAAGGCAUUCGAAGUCUUCGACGCUGAUUCUCCCAAAGAACAGGAAGAUGUGUACAUGGCAGGAAGUAUACAGCUUGAGUGCCUACAUUUUUCAGACGGAGAAACAGGAGUGUCUGGCUCGGCUAUGGAGGCAGUGAAUCCCAUUCAGCCGAAGUGUCAGCUACCGCGAGAAGGGCCUGUUGAAGUCGUGUAUAGGCACGCUUUCUCAAAGACCGUGUUCUCCGAGAGGUAUGUACUGAUUGCCACAUAUUUCGUUGCUGUUGGAUGGGCCACGGCGUUCUACCAAGAGGCUCACGACCGUAUUUUAGUGCCGGCUGCAAAAGAUCUUCUGGGCAGUGCUCUGCCUUUCUCGUUCAUACUGUGCAUACUGUUGGGCAAGCUUCCGGAAACCAUUGGCAUCUUACCCGUUAUGGGAAUAGUGAACACGGCGGGUUUACUGGCCUAUUCAUUUAGCCUGAAGCAGACAGUAGCUGCGGGUGUAAUUUCUGUCCUGUGCUUCACCGUGUACAUGGCAUUGUUCGUUUCACAAGUGUUUGCGUAUGUGGAGGAGAAUUUCCCUGCCAAGUUUUUUGGUCGUCUCAUUGGCAUUGUGCAGCUAGUUGGUGGCCUCUUCUCUAUCUUGUGCAGUCCACUCUUUCACCUUACCGUCAGUGUAGGUUCGAGGGCCAUGUACAUUGUUCAGCUUCCGAUGAUUGGUCUACUUCUUCUCGUGUAUUUUCUCUUGGCUCGCAUGUGCUGCAUCCGAAUGGCACCUUCGACGUCGCACACAGCGGCGAAUCCCGACAGGCAGUGCCCUGAUCCUUCAAUUCAAGAACCAUAA